AAUGUUUUGACUGAUAAAUAAAUGCAAACAUGCGAGCCGUUUUAAUAAUAUUAAAAAUACCGAAUACGAUAACAUUUUCCUAGUAAUAAAAGCGUUCCAUUUACACAUUAGGUUGUGGUUAGUUGGUUUAAUUCAGUGGUAUUUGUGCUAUCAUGAUGGUACGUUGUGUUUUAUUAUUGUCGGCAUUGGUAGUUUUUUGCCAAGCUAUUGUGCCGGGACCACGGUAUAUCCCUACAAAAGGAGAAAUAUGGCCUAAGCCUCAAUAUGAGAAAAAGGAUAAAAUCGUAUAUUUAGUUGACAAGGAUAAAUUGGGCUUUAAGGUAACAAAAAAGUCGUGUCAAGUUUUAACGGACGCUAUCCAGCGAGCUAACAAAACCUUGCACAAAUUGUCUAAAAUCGCAAAGCGUAACUACAAUCAGAAGAGUGUGGAUCUGAGCUCGCCAACUUUGGACACGGUCGACGUGGAGUUGACUCGGCCAUGCGAGGCUUACCCUUACCAUGGAAUGGACGAAAGUUACAAUCUCACGGUAUCGGACACGGCGCGUUUGACUGGCCACUCAAUAUGGGGCAUCUUGCACGGGCUCGAGAGCUUUCUACACCUGCUGUACCAAUCAGAUGAUUAUGAGAGUCUCCUAAUACAAGGUACGAAAGUACACGACUACCCGCGCCACCCUCACCGCGGGUUACUCCUAGACACCUCACGCCACUACCUGCGAGUGAACAAACUCCUCACUACGCUGGACGCCAUGGCGAUGAAUAAACUUAACGUGUUCCAUUGGCACAUCGUGGACGACCACUCGUUCCCGUAUCAGAGCGAAAAGUUUCCUGAAUUAAGUGAAAAAGGAGCCUAUCAUCGGUCAAUGGUCUACACGCAAGCAGACAUCAAGAAGAUCGUAGAAUAUGCGAGAAACCGGGGGAUCAGAGUAAUACCUGAGAUAGAUGUUCCAGGCCAUGUUCGCUCCUGGGGUGCGGCAUACCCGCAGCUCCUCACGCCUUGCUACACGGGCAAUAAAGUGACCUCUCUGGGGCCCCUUGAUCCAACCAAUGACCAAACAUACAAAUUUCUCGGGCAACUGCUGGAGGAGGUUAGGGAGUGGUUCCCGGAUGGUUACUUGCAUUUGGGUGGAGAUGAGGUCGAUUCUAAGUGCUGGAUAUCAAAUCCGUCGUUGUUACGCUACAUGAUGCGGCACAACAUGUCUUCCUGGACCAAGCUCCACAGCCUGUUCAUGGAACGGGCCACGCCGCUCGUCGGGGACAGGAAGAUCAUCGUUUGGGAGGAGGUGUUUGACGAGAAAGUGACAAAAGUAUCAAAUGACACGGUGGUACAAAUCUGGUUGGGUACAUGGGCACCUAAAAUUAAUGAGGUGUUAGAAGCGGGCAAGAAAGCCCUCUUCUCCUCAGAGUGGUACCUCUCCGUCCUGGGCAACGGUGGAGACUGGGAGAAAUUCUACGCGUUCGACCCUCGGCUGAACGUCAGCGAUAGAGCUUUAGUCCAUAACUUGAUCGGGGGAGAGGCUUGCAUGUGGGGGGAGUUCGUUGACAGCACUAACUUCAUACAGAGGGUAUGGCCACGAGCCUGCGGCAUCGCCGAGCGAUUAUGGUCUGAGGCAUCGCGCGACGACAUUAAAACUGAAGAUCAGACAAAAAGGGCCAGGGACUAUAGCGAUGGAGACCAGGCCAUGGAUCACGUUCGUCGACGUAUAGAAGAGCAAGCGUGUCGUAUGCUUAGGCGGGGCGUGCCGGCUCAGCCGCCGAACGGACCCGGGUUUUGUGUCGUGUGACCACUUAAUAGUAGUUCGUAUAAAUAAUAAAUUUGAUUUGUAUAA